UAUUUAUCAUUGUCCAAUAUUUUUAAUUGCUAGUAGAAUAUAACAUUACGUCAUAAAAGUCUAGUCUGACAAAAUGCCGUCCUGAAUGGUCUGAGACAAACGCAUUGUGACAACCUCAAACUGGUCGAAAAGGAUCUGAAUAAUAUUUAGUCCAACUGUUGAAAUAUCGCAGACAGGGACCAGCAACCUCACAGAUACAUCCCACCUUCCUAAUUUCGGAGAGGACAAUGCGUCGAAACGAUACCGCUCCCACUACACGCAAGGUGCAGGGGGGGAUCUUCUUACCAAAGCCUCAGAAUGCCAUCACCAUUGCGGUGUCAUCGCGUGUCCUCUUCAACAUGGAUAAGGAGCAGCAAAUCUAUGAACAGAAAGGCAUGGAGGACUACCUCAAGUACCAGAUAGAGCAUGAGAUGGAGCCCUUCACCCCCGGCCCUGCUUUUCCUUUCGUUAAGGCUCUGGAGGCAGUGAAUACUCGGCUGAGGGAGCUGUACCCUGAGAGUGAGGAGCUCUUUGACGUUGUGCUCAUGACCAACAGCCACGCACACGCCGGUCUCCGACUCAUAAACAGCAUCAACCACCAUCAGCUCUUCAUUGAGCGUUUCUGUAUGACGGGUGGGAACAGUCCCAUUGGGUACCUGAAGGCUUACCACACUAACCUGUACCUGUCUGCUGACCCCAUGAAGGUCCGAGAGGCCCUGGAGGAGGGGAUUGCAGCAGCCACCAUGUUUAAUCCACCAGAGAAGAGAACAGAAGUGUCAGAGACUCAGCUGCGGGUGGCCUUCGAUGGGGACGCAGUGCUCUUCUCUGACGAGUCAGAGCGCAUCUUUAAGGCCCACGGACUGGACAAGUUCUUUGAGCAUGAGAAGACACACGAAAACACGCUUCUUGAUCAUGGACCACUGAAAGGGUUCCUGGAGUCUCUGGGGAAGCUGCAAAAGAAGUUCUAUGCCAAGGAUCAGCGUCUGGACUGCCCCAUCCGUACCUACCUGGUGACGGCACGCAGCGCAGCCAGCUCAGGCACCCGGGCCCUGAAGACACUGCGAUCCUGGGGCCUGGAGACAGACGAGGCCCUCUUCCUUGCUGGGGCCCCUAAGGGGCCAAUGCUGGAGAAGAUCCGGCCUCACAUAUUCUUUGACGAUCAGUUGUUCCAUGUGGAGGGAGCUUCGCAGCUGGGGACCGUGGCAGCUCAUGUGCCAUAUGGUGUGGCUCAGAAACUGCCCCAGCAGAAGCCUGCUAAGGAGAACACUAAAGACUUUAGCGCUGCCCCCAAGUAGUCUGGAUUUCACUCUCUUCCCUAACCCAAGGGACAAUAAAACAGCAUUGUGUAUUUGAACGAGACAGUCCUUUUCAGUGCCCUCAGUUAUCUGGGGAGAGAAUCACAUGACAAUGGGAGAAGCAUAGAGGGAGGGCAUGCCAUUUUCACCCGUGUCAUGUGUCAUCACAAGAGACAGUGCCAGUAGAUGUAAAACAAAACGUCAAAUAUCGUAUGCCAAAAAAGUGCUGUACAUACAUAUCCAGAUCUUGACCUACCAAGGUAAAAUAACUGGAAUUGUAUCUAAUUAACUCUGUCAGACCAGGAAAAAUAUAAUUUUACAGCAAUUCCUCAAAUAGAAUCUGUACACAAUUGCAAGGUCUAUCGCCAGUCCUGCAAUGAUGUAAUAAUGCUGUGAAAUUGUGAACAUUUUAAUACCAUUUUAGUGUUAGAAAUGUUUAAAAAUACAUGUCUCUUUGCUAAUAAGCUAAUUUUUGUUUCAUUUUAAUUUAAUACAAUCACCGUAAGGUACUUAAUUGUUACCCAGAAAUGAUUGAAUAUUUAGAUGGAACCAGCUCCAUUGGAACUUUACCAUAGCAUUAACGUUCCGGAAACCAUCAUUUACAUCCAAAAAUCCACCCAAAUAUAGACUCUACAAUAGUUGUGGAGUUUACAAAUCUGUGAAUUGUAGCAACAUCAUGAUGAAACUCCAGAACCCCAAAAUGUAUAAAUGCAUUAUCUCAGUCUAUACAGAUAUUUGGCAAUACAGUAUUUGUAACAUUGAGGGGGAGGGGUGUUUAUAAACCUACAGUAAGUAGACUGUACCUGUAUCAUUUCAGCAUAUCACAUUUAUCUUAGGUUGAAAACAUGUUUACGGAAUAUGUAUUGCAUGUUAUUGACGUCAUUGUUUGUUCUAUUAUUUUGUUUCUAAUCUAGGAAACUUUUAUUUAGUACCUUUGGUGUACUUUUGUUUGCUCCUCAUGCAAGUUACUAUAUGUGCUGUAUGGCUGCGUUUACAAAGACAACCCAAUUCUGAUCUAUUUCCAAUAAUUGGUCUUUUGACCAAGAUAUUAGAUAAUUUUCAGAGCUGAAGACCAAUUAGUGAUAAAAAAAGAUCAGAACUGGGCAGCUUGUGUAAACAUUUAGUGCAAUCCUAGCUCCUUUGGACGUCCCUAGCCUAAACCCUAACCUUAACCAUUCUAAAUGUCAAUUUAAAUGGUGUAGGGACGUCCUAAGAAUCCUGGAUACCCUGUCUAAACGCAGCCUAUGCAAUGUUAACCUAAAGUGCAAAAAUGGACAACCUCCUCUCACUUUAUAAACAUGGGCACUGAGCCAUUCUGUAAAAACAUGGCUUCUGUGAGGAGAUGAUGGCAUAAUGUGUAAAUUAUAUGGCUUUUAUAUUUGUUUAUUGACAUUUAUUCCAUUCAAUCAUCCCAUAUCCUGUGUUAUGAUACUGGUGAUUUGUACGGUUGUGGCUAUCAGUACAGCUUAAUUUAGUCACAUCAAGAAAAACUACAGUCUGUAGCCAUGAACUACUACUGGUAGGGCCAGUCAUGUAUAGCCAUAAAGGACAUUUUGGUGACCUUAUUUGACCUUUUCUGCUGCUUUUGAGAGAUGGUUUGAUCCCUCUUUCGGGCACUACUUGUUGAGUAAAUAAAACACUAAACAAUCAUAAUACAGUAACUAUUG